AUGGAAGUGGAGAUGUAUCAACUACAACGCACGCUCAUUAACAAUGAACAUCGGAAAGAAGUUCAACCACACACAUUGAAGAAUCCAUUUAAAGUGAAAUACACUUCGAAGAUAAAAACAUCAAGCAACUCCAUUAAAACUUUUAUGCAAGUUUUGAAGAAAGAUAGUGAACGCAUUAUCAGGAAACCACUGGAUCACAGACAGAAUUUAACUAAAG